CAGAGACGGAGAGCUUGACUGCAACCUCCUCAUGCAGACGGCUGGAGAGAAACUCACUGACUCAACAUAAGCCACAGUGUAAUCUCCACUCGGUUUGAUUAUGCCUUCAAAAACACUCACAACCACAGCAAACGAGAGCAUCACUAUACAAACUGAGGAGCAGAAAGUGGAUGUGCGACACAACCCUCCUGUUACAGAUGAUGAGCCAGACUUUGAUGGGUGGAAAGAAACCAGAGCCCAGACAUCAUUAUCCAGAAACCUCAGAUUUGCAUAUCACAAUCAGAAGGUGCUAGGUGUUUUCACCACUGGGGUCAUUCCUUUAGGGACCCUCUUCGGCCCACUGCUCGGACAACAUCUUCACCCUGAAGAUAUGCCUGCAAACAUCCAUGGAAAACACAUCUGGAUGAUCUUCUCAGAGGGGCGAUUGCAUCGCUUCCUGUCUUGUGAGAAUGAGAGUGGCAGCAACUGGAUGCACUUUGUAAACUAUGCCUCGUCUCCUUGGCAACAGAAUCUUGCUGCAUUCCAAAUUGGAAUGCAGAUUUACUUCUAUGCCAUGAAGGUUCUAAUGCCGGGGGAGGAGCUGCUGGUGGGGCGGAGCCUAGAACACGAGCAGCCAAUGAGCACCAGCCUCAGAACUGCCUGUCUAAAACAGCCACUUCCCACACACUCUUCUUCUCAGGGUAAAGAUCAAGUGAGGAAGAGAAAGCGAGGUCACACAGUCACUGAGAUCCUGGAUCUGGAUCCCUGGACUGAUCAUCACACUGAAACUCCUCCAAGCAAACCGUUUAGCGCCAUCACACAAACUAAAUAUAGAGAAAAAGUGACCAGAGACCUGCAGAAUCCAAAAUUACCUCUAUUUUCAAUGACUAAUGGCAUCUCUGAGAUCCCUUUAAACUUGAAAAUGGCAUCUAGUGUAGGGAAGCAUGUAUACACCUCUGCUAUCCCACAAUCCUCUAUGCCAGUGUAUAUAUGGCCUGUUAUUCGAUACGCGCCGUCACACCAGCCAAUGGGAUUUGGCCAAACAACACCACAUAUGUCCCAUAAAAUUCCACAUAUCCACAUGUAUCCAUCUCUUUUGCAUCCAGCAUCCAAUGAGAAUCGUCUUUCAUUAGCAUUGACUAAUAGAGGCGACCCCAAAAUUAAAGUGACAGACUCCGCAAAGAGAGAAACAAAUCCUAAAGACUCCACAAAUCAACUGUCAGGCCUCAGUAAUGCAACCAAUCCGUCUCCGGCUCAAGUGUUUAGUGCUGAUGACAUCACAGCCCAGAGAGACUCACCUGAGAUGGGCGUGGCUUCCUCAUGUAUGGGCGUGGCUUCCUCAUGUGUCUCCGCCUCCACCCGCCACACCACAGCGUCGCAGGUUGGCCAAAAGCAACAGAUUGUAUGUUACAAGGCUUUACCGUAUCCAUUACAGCGACAGAAUGGAAAGAUUCAGUAUAAAUGUAACGUGUGCGAGAAGAACUUCAGUCAGCUGUCCAAUCUGAAGGUUCACCUGAGGGUUCACAGCGGUGAGAAACCAUACAAGUGCAAUAUCUGCAGAAAGAACUUUUCCCAGCUGGCUCAUCUUCAAAAGCACAUUCAGGUUCAUACGGGAGAAAAACCAUAUGAAUGCCAUGUGUGUAACAGGCGCUUCAGCAGCUGCAGUAACCUGAAGACUCACCUGCGGCUGCACUCGGGCGAACGGCCGUAUGCCUGUAAGCAAUGCCUCGCCAGCUUCACCCAGCACAUCCACCUGCGGCUGCACAGACGCCUGCACGCCAGCCCGCGCUCCCACUGCUGCCCGCACUGCUCUCGCAGGUACACACACCUGUGCAGCCUGCAGAUCCACCUGCACCAGUUCUGCCCCGCCUCCAGCCUCACAGGCUCCGCCUCUCAGCUGUGCCGAGCCAAUGACGAGAUCGAGAGGUUUGAUCUGAGUGAAGGUGCAGCAAAACUUGAGGCUGGCAUGGAGGCGGAGUCUAUAAAGAAGAUGUGUCAGGUGAUCUGGGCACUUGCAGGGAGCAGCACAGGCCCAAACAAUGACACAUGAAUCGUCCAGCUCUGUUUCUCCAAAG